AUGGAAACAUCAUUAGUACCAUUAGAAGGUUUGGAUGAUUCAAGUGCACAAUCAGAAGCAAUUAGAAAAAUUGAAGCACAUUUUUCAAAUAUAGAUAGUUUAGCAUCUGUCACAAAUCAUAAAAUAUCAUUAAUACAACAAAAGAAAACUAUAGAGGCACAAAUUAAAAAUGAAGUUCAUUCAGAAUUAGAAAAAUCAAAAAAAGGUUUAGAAACUUUAUAUAAAUCAUAUAAUAGAAUUAAUAAAAUGGAUGAAUCAUUUACAGAUACAGAGGUUUUAUGUAGUGAAACAGCAAAUUUAAUUGGAUAUUAUUCACUAAUUAAAAAAGUUAAUACGGUUAGAGUUAAUCUAACAAAUAUUUUAAAAGAAGUAGACAGAUUAUUAACGAUUCCCGAGAAAGCAGCAGAGAUCGAGCAACUAUUAUCAGACGAUUUAAAUUUAUUAUUAAUUCAUAAAAAGAUUAGAGAGUUGGAAAGAUUACAUCAAAAAGCAUUAAAACAAUUUGAAUCAAAUUUUGAAGAACUUGAGGCUAUAAAAGAUAUGUUUUCUUCAGUGCCAGAGCUCAGUUUAAGAUUUGAAAAUAAAAUUUGGGAUCUUGUAGGAAAAUCUGUAUCAGUUGCACAGGAAAAACCAGCAGUAUUAGUCAAGGUAGCACAAAUUAUUGAAAGAGAAAAGAUUUAUGAACAACAACAACGUGAAAAAAAGAAAUCAAAUAUAUCAUUGGUAUCAAGUGAGGGUAUAGAUUCAAAUGGUGCAGGUGGUGAAGAUUAUGAUCGUAAUCGUAGCAGCUAUGGUGAUAGAUUUUUCGAAGUACUUUCAUUGUCAAUCUCUAGUCGUUUCGAACCUAUGUUUUUAAAUAGUCACACCGAUUUGGUUUCAACAUUACGUGAUGUCAAUAAAAUGGUAGAAGAGUUAUUUGUAGUUAUGGAUACAGUUCAAGAAUGCUACCCACCAUCUUACGAUCUUUUCAAUUACUAUGUCGAUCAAUACCACACCAAGUUCUAUUCAUUGUUUGGUUCAUUUUCAAAGAUUGUGGAGUCCAACGUCACCAAUAGAGAGCACUUGGCAAGACAAAUUCCAUCAGCUCAUAUUUUAAUGUUGGUUGAAUGGGUCGUUAAAAACUAUAGUCGUGAUCUUUCACGUUUAGGUAUUCAAGAUAUAUCACCACCUCUUUUAGAUGCCUUGGACCCAUUAAUUAAAAUUUAUAAAUUCCACAUUAAAUCUUUAAUGAGGGAUUGGUGCGAUAAUAUUAUUAACAAUGACAACCAAAAUAAACCGGAUGUAGUAGAUGGUCAAUACUGUUCAUUAGCACCAAUUCAACUCUUUGAAUCAGUAGCAUCACAAUUGGAUAUUGCAAAUGCAACAAAGUGCCAAAAACUGGUUGUUGGUGUAAUCGAAGAGGUAGUAUCUGCUUUACUUUAUUUCCAAGUUUCAUCCAUCACACUCUUACAAGAACGUAAUCACGAAAUCAAAUUAGAGAAUCUUAUAGCAUACGUUAAUAACAAUAGUAAAUGUUACGAUCACACCCAAACUAUUGUAGAUAAAGUUUCAAAUAUUUUAGAUAGCGAACAUAUGGCAUUAAUCGAUUUCGAUCCAGUAUUAGAAGGUUUCUUAAAUGUUUCAAAGGUUGCCACCCAGGCCAUUUCAAGUGUAAUUUUUAGAGAUUUAGAUGAAUGUAUUAGUAAAUUCUUUACUCAAGAUUGGUAUCAAGAGGAUUUAAUGCAACCAAUUAUAAAUACUUUUGAAGAUUACUUUGUAAACGAUAUUCAGAAAUUCAUUUUAGAAAACUAUUUAAAAAGAUUAAGUUUAUUAUGUUUAGAUAUUUUAAUUGAAAGGGUUUUAACUCAAUUAAUUUGUGGUAGAAAUAAAUUUAAUGAUCAAUUUUAUAAAAUUAUGUCAAAUGAUUGCGAUAAACUUUUGGAUUUCUUCAAGAAAUAUCUUAGAUUAUCAGUAGUAACAGCAAAGGUACAAAUUUUAGAAGACUUUAAACAAAUGAUCACUUCUGAUAUUGAAAUGACCCCAAUUUAUUUUAGAUCAAUUAUCAAUUUCCAUAAAGAUAUCAAUGAAAAAAUUGUUGAAGCUGUUUUAUCUCAAAGAACUGAUGUAAAUAAAACUCAAAUCAAUCAACAAAUUGAACAAACCAAAGCUGUUAUUGCAAAUGUUCUUCCUGAAGGUUCUGAGCCACAAGGUAUUUUCUCAAGAAUGAAUUUAAGAGGUAAUUCAUGGUGGUAA